AUGGCUUCUCAAAACGACAACAAUGUGCACAUCACGGCGCAAUGCCUGUGCAAAACCCACACCUUUACCGCCGUCGUCCAGCGCUCAAGCCUCCCCCUCGGAGCGACAACAUGCCACUGCGACUCGUGUCGACAUCUCACCGGAGCUAUGUACUCGAACGACAUUGCCUGGCCAGGUGACUACGAGGCCAUCCGCACGUCAACGUUGAAGACGUACGACUUCUCCAAGGUGCUCCAGAUACUCUACUGCGGCACCUGUUCAAGCACCAUGUUCUGGGACAUGCCACAGCGCAAGGACGGCAGUGUUGGCGGAGAGAACGGGAGACAGUACGGACUAUUCACCGGCUGCCUGGUUGAUGACGGCCCACAAGGGCUCGUGAAGAUGAUCGAUCACAUGUUUGUGGGGGAUACGAUCGACGGCGGCGCGAGUCUGUGGAUGCGUAAGCCCAAUGGUGAUGGGCAGUCGGUUCCGCGCUGGUCUGAGUUGAAGCAUACAAGCGAGAAGCUCGCAGACGACUGGCCGGCAAUGGCCUUCCCCACGGCGGAUUGGAAGAGUGGUACGGAGGAGAUUCCAUUCCGAUGCCACUGCAAAGGCGUCAAUCUUGUCUUCCAGUCCGGUCAAGCGCUGCGAGAAUAUGCUGCAAUGGAAGCGCAGAAGUUGCCAUGGUUUGUCGAUCCGGUCAGCAGAAAGCCUGUGGUCGGCACAGACGCUUGCAAGUCGUGCAGAACAAGCUUCGGUAUCGACUUUGUCAACUGGACUUUUGCAUUCUUGAAACACGUCGCCUACCCAACCACCACCUCGACGACUGCCGAUGACGCGGCCGAGUUCCCUAAGACGGUGCAGGAUCUCUACGCAGCUGUAUCAACGGAUAUCAAGACUCGUGAUCCGAGACUGGGCACUCUUGCGGUCUAUCGCAGCUCAGAGGGCGUCAAGAGAUACUUCUGCUCCAGGUGUUCUGCUUGCGUCUUCUAUGCUAACGAUAAGAAUGGUGUUUUUGUGGACAUAGCCAUGGGACUGUUCGAUGUCGAAAAAUCAAGAGCCGAGGGCACUUUUCUAUGGCUGUUUGGUGGCCCCUUCAAGCACAGAGGUGAUGUACAAGAAGGCUGGAGAGGGGACUGGCUCAAGUCUCUCGAGGCGGGGUCUGAAGAGUUGAGGAAAGAGAGAGACUUUCCUGAGUGGUGGAAGCUUGGACGAUGA